GUUGCCAUAUCGAUGUACUAUAUUUCACUUGAAAUAUGUUAAACAGUGAAAAUACCUGUCUUCGUGACAUUGAUGAAGAAGAUGUGGACUCUAAAUUCGAACCUGAAAUUAAGGAAGAGCUUGAUGAUUUAAACCACUGCAGUGCUGAAAUUAAUAGACUUGAAAAUGAGAUUGAUGAAGCACGAACACAAUACCGGCAGACGUUUCAUGAAGCAUCAAGUAAAAUGUCUCUGGUGUCGCAGAAAAGACGGAAAAGUAUAGCUAAAGCACGAGAGUAUUUUGAACUAAAACAUGAAGAAAAACAGGUUCAGGGUGAAAGCCUUAAAGCUGCUAGACAGUACCAGUCAGCCAUCGGAAUAUACAGAGCGGCCAAAGAGACUGUUGCCUUAGCAGAAGAUAAACUAGUAAAAGGAGGGGAAUGUCAAUUGUCUUCUGCGUGGCAAGAAAUGUUAAAUCUUGCAACAGAAAGGGUUAUUGAAGCCGAGUUGGAAAAACACAGAAGCGAAGAUCAGCAUCUAAAAAUGAUAAAACGUUGCGGGCAGUUAGAAAACCAGCUUCAUUUAUUAAAAAGAUCACAGAAGAAAUCUAUAGCAAACGCAAGAUCAUAUUUUGAGAUGAAACACCAACUUGACCUCAAAUUACAGCAACAAAAGCAGAAUGUCACAGAUCUGCAGAGUGCUAUCAUACAAGCAAAAGGAAAAUACGCUAAAUCUCUACGAAAGUUGGAGGACAUUUCUUUAGCAAUUCAUGAGUCAAGACGAAACAAGCUGCUAAUAAUGUAUUCUAGACAACCUGGAGUUGGAGUAGAAUGUGAUAGUCUUCAUUCGAAUAUCUCUGAACUGACUUUAGAAUCUAUUGGAAAAGAUUACGAGAUGGUUGAUUUCAUUUCAAACGAGAACGAUGGACUAUGCGAUGAAAGUGAUUGUGUAGAGGAUAAAUGUGACGAUGGCUGUACUCAUUCAAGUAACAAAACUGACGACGAAAAGGAUAUUGAUUUGACUAACCCUAGUAACAUAUUUGAAAAUUUACAGAUUGCUGAUGAUAAAUUUUAAUAUGUACACUGAUUAAGUUUGCUUUAAUUUGAAAAUCAACUGAUGACGUAUACAGUCGUGCACACCCUACAUGUAACUAUAUUAACCCUACCAUCUGUCAAUACCUAUAUUUUGAUAUUGCACAAAGUCAUGUUUUUAAUCAGAUUCAGAUUCAGAUUCUUUAUUUCGUAUAAAACCAAGUUGCUUGUACAAAGAAAGAUAUGUUUACAUACAGAUUUUGCGCAUGAUAGUUUGCACAAAACGAGCAACUUUUUUUUCCGAGUGAUUAUGAUCAAAAAUGUAAACAAGCAGACUUCCUUUCUGACAAGACGUGAUAUAGCAGCUUGAGUUUAAACAUACACGGUGGGUUAGUAUUUAAGAUAAAAAGAUAUAUUAUCAACCCGAUUUUUUUUUAAAUUUAACUGAUGCUUUUAUUUCUAAAAACCAAAAUUAAGUCAAUACAAAUUUCGAUGAACAUUUCAUAGAAUCCUUAUAUCCUUAGAUACAUAGACACUUUUAUAAAAAAAAUUGUUAUUGCAUUCCAAACGACAUUUUGAGAUUAAAUUCAUUUCUAUGUGUUCGGGUUUUUUCGAGAGCAGUCGGGUCUUUUUCGAGUGCGUCCGUGUUUUACAAAUAGGAAAAUGUUAUAUGAGUGCCAAUGAGACAACUCUCCUUCCAAAUAUUCAAGUGAUGUACUUUUUAAGGCACGAAACCCAUGCAUUCAUCAGUUUGAUAAUGGUGUACUAUGAUUAAACUUUAUUUAAAUAAGUAUCGCAUAUUUGUAUAUGUUGUUGUUCGUCUCUUAUUCACGUUCAUUAUAUAUUCAUGGUGCCGACAAUCUAAUGAAUGCAUAGACAAUUUGGAUUGAGACACAGUGUUUUGUCCAGAUGAACUAUUCAUUUCAUUGUUAACUGUAAUUAGGAAAUUAAAUUUAAAUUUUGAUUUUAUUUGAAG